AUGUCCAUCAUCGCCACAAAGGAGAAAACAGCAGCAGAAUCUGCCGACUUGCAUCCCCUCCCAGGAGCUCAGAUGGCCAAACCUGACCUCAUAUCCUGGCUGAAAGAGAAGGACGACCUGUUUCUCCUGAACGGUGAAAAAGAGGAAGGAUUUGCAGGUGGCGUGUGGAAGUCAGCAAAGGAAACAUCUGAGCAUCCAGUCGUGGAGACAGAAGAUACCUAUUCAGAUGUGAAAGAGAAAGAUGACUAUUGUGAUCUACUGAGGAAAGAGGGGCGGAAACACACACCUCAAGGGAAAAAUGCUUCUAGUGUUUCACAGAGGGGUGACUCUCUUCUGCAGAAAAUAGACCAAGGAGACAAAAGAAAGGAGCCCGCGUCAAGCAGAGAAAAUAUUCCUGAAAAAGCAGAUAUUAAUAUUCACUGGAGCACCUAUAGCAGAAAGGAAAAAUAUAAUUGCCUGGAAUGUGGAAAAUGCUUCACUCAGAGGGGACACCUUACCGUCCAUCAAACAAUUCACACAGGGGAGAAACCACAUAAAUGCCUGGAGUGUGGGAACAGCUUCAGUCGGAGAGACAGUCUAACUUCUCAUCAAAGGAGUCACACAGGAGAGAAAUCAUAUAAAUGCCUGGAGUGUGGAAGCAGCUUCAGCAAUUGUAGAAAUCUUACUGUUCAUCAAAGAAUUCACACAGGGGAGAAACCAUACAAAUGCCUGGAGUGUGAGAAAAGUUUCAACCACAGAGGACACCUUACUAUCCAUCAAAGAAUUCACACAGGGGAGAAACCAUAUAAAUGCCAGGAAUGUGGAACAUGCUUCAGUCGGCGAGACAGUCUAACUGCCCAUCAAAGAAAUCACACAGGGAAGAAACCACAUAAAUGCCUGGAGUGUGGAAGCAGCUUCAAUAAUAGUGGACACCUUACUGUCCAUCAAAGAAUUCACACAGGGGACAAGCCAUGUAAAUGCUUGGAGUGUGGGAAAAGCUUCAGUGAUAGUGGAAGCCUUACUUGUCAUAAAAGAAUUCACACAGGGGAGAAACCAUAUAAAUGCCUGGAGUGUGGAAAAAGUUUCAGCAUCAGUGGGAACCUUGCUCGCCAUCAAAGAAUUCACACAGGUGAGAAGCCAUAUAAAUGCUUGGAGUGCGGAAGAAGUUUCAAUCGGAGAGGAUACCUUACUUCCCAUCAAAGAAUUCACACAGGGGAGAAACCAUAUAAAUGCCUGGAGUGUGGAAAAAGCUUCAGUCACAGUAAAAGCUUGUCUUUGCAUCAACAAAAUCACACAGGGGAGAAACCAUAUAAAUGCCUAAAGUGGGAGAAACCAUAUAAAUGCCUGGAGUGUGGAAAAAGCUUCCGUCACAGUUCACACCUUACUGUCCAUCAAAGAAUUCACACAGGG